GCUCCACCACGAGUCACGAGUCACGACCACCUCUCCGGUCUCCCACUCUCCACUCUCCACUCCACUCGCUCUCCGUUCACCACUCCAAACGCGUAGCGCUAGCGCCGCCCGCCGCACGAUGAGCGCGGUGCCCGUCGUGUCCUCCGCGCUGGCCGGACCAGCGGUCGCGGUCGCGGUCGCCAGGCCCGCUUCCGGGUCCGUCACUCGCCUCCGUGCGCCGGCGCCCCACGGCGUGCCGGCCGGCUCCGUGCCCCUCGCGUCCGGACUUGCCAACUGCUACCGCCGCUCCGCCGCCGCCGCCCGGAGGCUUCCGAUCCCGUCUGCAGCGGGGGGCGGCACAGUUGGGGAUGCUUUUGUUAUAGAAGACACAACAAAUGUGAAAUUUCCUCGAGAGAUAGCUGUUCCGGGCUACACCGAGCCUUUGGUUAUUCUUGGAACAGGUUACAGAGAGAAGUUCUUUCUAAAAAUAUAUGCUGCUGCAUUCUAUGUUGAUUGCUCAAUCGGCGUUGACACUAUGCGAUGGAGAGAAAAGGUUGGUAUUGAGACCUUUGAUGCUUCCUCAGUUUUUGACUCCAUUUUUAAAGCACCGGUUGUGAAAUCAUUGAGUAUAAUUCUCGUUAGAGAUGUUGAUGGCAAGACGUUUGUGAAGGCUCUAGAUGACAUUAUUGCUCGUCAAAUAAAAAAACCAAGUGCUGAGGAAGAACAGAGCCUGUCAACUUUCCAGAAAACCUUUCUAGGGCGUAGUCUGAAACAAGGAACAACUGUCUAUCUAACUUGGCUUGAACCCUCGAAACUUCUGAUCUCAAUUGCAGGAAACCAAGAUCCAUGUCAAGUUGAUGCUGAAAUCACAUCAGCCACUGUUAAUUAUGCGCUAUACGAUGGCUUCUUGGGUAGUUCUCCAGUAUCCCCUACUCUGAGAUCUUCUACUGCACUACUGCUGGAGGCUAUUCUUACAAAGUGACAGAAACCGAAAUCAUGGUUCGCUAAGACAAAGCAUGCGCUGAAUCCUGAUGGGUGAACAAUUCUAGUUUGGCCAUCAGCUCAUCGCCGACUACAAAUUUUCAUCUUAGAGUUUAUUUUUAAUAAUUUUUAAUGUUUGGUUAUAUAUAUGAAUAUCUAAUUAAACUCAAAUACAUUUCUAACAUGAACAUUGGUGUUAUGUAUCUGCUUAGCAAAGAUAUUUCACUAACUUUAUUAAGCGUAUUGGAAUUUUGUAAAAUGAUAUAUAUCUUUAUAUACUAGAUUUUCACCGGGGAUGUUUCAUGCGA